ACUUAAUGCUGUCUCAUAUGCAUUCAUCGAUCAGAAUGUUAAUAGCGGCUAUAUGCAUAAAUGCAUCGGUAUUCUUUUAUCGACUAGACUGUAUAGCGUUAUAGCGUUUACUCAAGCCAUUGUAUUCCAUAGCUAAUGAAUUACUUACGUACAUAGAGGAAAGAAUCAUGACUAGCCUCCGCUUAUAAGAUUUACUACGAGUUAAUCUGGUUAUGAUGUUCAGCGAAGAUAUUCUAAUGCUACAAGCUAGGAGUAAACCUACUAACCGGGAUAUCGGCUGUAAGCUAAGUCGAGAUUGAUGACGUAUUCCUUUAAUACUGGGCAUAGGUAACAAGAACUACAUUUGCUUACCCUGAAUUUGAUUUCAAAAAGAAAAAGAAACUUCCCCGUUAACAAGCCUUGGGGGUAAUCAAGUGUGAAUUAUGUCGUCCAUGUUUCAGAAAGCCAGUGCUUUCUUAGGCGGCGGCGACGGAGAUGGAUCGAAGAAAUAUGAUGAGGAGGGCGAGUCGCUUACAACCGUUCUAGAUACGGAUGAAGACCGUAGCUCACUCACAAUCCUCGUUUCUGGCAUUACUGAACUUAUGCGCAAAUGCCUUAUGGACACCUUCGACCCCAAAGAAACGGGCUCUCAAGACCACCCUUUUGCGUUGGCGAGCGACAACGGCGAACCGGUUAAUCUUGAGGAACUAAGCAAUGCAGAACGAGAAAAGAAAUUACAAAAGAUACUAGAAAAUCAAAAAGCAGAACUAGCCAGACGUGAGAAUGAGGUUAGCGAGGGGGAAAUCGUUACGCUCAAGACAAACGCACUAGAGUUUUUUGACCACUGGAGGGACACCGUUGUGAUCCGUGUCGGGGAAGUUGUCAACUCCAGGAAAACAGCUGAGAAACAGUCGAAGCAAGCCAAGCCAGAACUCGCAGGCUCGGAUUCUGAACCGAGAUUAGAGGGUAUCGAGACUGAGGAGCACGAGAAGACGAUCACUGGAGCGUUAUUGAAGAUAUAUCCCCCCGUCGAAACCGCGUUGCGCAAGAUGGCCAAAGAGAAACGGAUACUAAUACUUCACUCCGUACUCCUGCUCCUUCUGAGCUUGGAACACUAUAACGCCUACUCGCGGGUUCUAUUGUUGUAUCUAACUACCAGCCUAGGUCUCUCGGCCACGGUGCUUUCAGAGGACGAAAAGAAAGUCGCUCGUGGGCUUCUUACGGCAGCUGAGAAAAUGUCGGCUGAUGAGGAGACGAAGAAGAGAGCCGAAGAGAACCGUACCGCUCGCAAAUGGAAGAUGGGCGUAGCUGGAAUCGCUGGCGCAGCCCUCAUCGGUAUCACCGGUGGAUUGGCUGCUCCUCUCUUAGCCUCUGGAGUUGGUACAGUCCUAGGUGGAAUUGGUCUCGGGGCUACCGCUACCGCAGGCUAUCUUGGAGCGUUAGCCGGAAGUGGCGUUUUAGUAGGUGGUCUGUUUGGAGCCUAUGGUGCUAAGAUGACAAGUCAAGCUAUGGAACAAUAUACUCGAGAUGUGGAAGACUUCGCUUUUGUACCUAUCGAGAAACUAGGGCAGAGCGAAAUCGAAGCACGCCGGUUGCGAAUUGCCAUUGGUGUUUCUGGCUGGCUGGACGAUAAAGACGAGGUGGUCACGCCUUGGAAAUGUAUCGGUCCAGGCCAAGAACCAUUUGCUCUCCGCUUCGAGCUGGAAGCGCUGAUCAAUCUGGGGAACGCACUUACAGCCCUAGUUACUUCCGCGGCCUGGUCCUACGCGAAAUCUGAGAUCAUUAAACGCACUGUUUUUGCGGCAUUGGCCGCUGGCUUGUGGCCGCUGGGCUUGCUGAAAGCUAGUCGUAUUAUCGACAACCCCUGGAGUGUUGCUAACCAGCGUGCUCAAAAAGCUGGAGAAGUUCUUGCCGAUGCUCUCAUCAACAAAGCGCAAGGCGAGCGACCUGUCACACUUAUCGGGUACUCUCUCGGCGCUAAGGUUAUAUAUGUGUGUUUGCAGCAGCUUGCUAAGCGGAAGGCCUUCGGUCUAAUAGAAAAUGCCAUAAUGUUGGGCGCGCCGACUCCCAGCAGUUCAGCCGAUUGGCGCCGCAUCCGUUCUGACGUUGCCGGAAGAGUUGUUAAUGCAUACAGCGCGAAUGACUACAUUCUCGCAUUCUUAUACAGAAGUAGCAGCAUCCAGUUCGGGGUUGCCGGACUACAUCCUGUUCUCGAUGUCCGAGGCGUCGAGAACGUCGACGUUGGUGACCUAGUCAAAGGCCACACAUUGUACCGACACGCGACAGCACCGAUCCUCGAGCGUAUCGGUUUCGAAGACAUUGACUUGCAGGAAAUUAGACGUGAAGAACAUCAAUUGGCAGAGCAAGAGAAGAAGGAAGAAGAACAGCGCGAGGCUGCUAAGAGUGGCGCUAAACAGGAGGGCACUGGCGAUAAUCCAAGUACCAGUGAGGGAGAGAUCCGCAGGAUGGAAUAAGAAAUCGAGCAGAAGAACUAGUUUAAACUAAAUAUAUCAAAUCAAGGGGACCAAAAGCAUAUAAUGCUUGAAGAAGCAUCAAAUGCUAUAGUUCGUCCAUUA